AUGAACCGCAACGGCGGCGGUCGUCUCUCGCUCGUCAAGACGACAACGCGCGGCUCCGUCAUCUCGAUUGUCCAGGCCGACAGCCCCCAUGCCCAGAAAUUGUCGGUAUUCGUCGAAGAGGCUGCCAUCGUGGGACUCGUUGCCAUCUACAUCACUGCUAUCGUCACUGGCGGUUACGGCGAGAAGGGAAAGCUGUCUGCCGUUGCUGGUCUCGUGGCGUGGCUCUACGUCUUUGCCAUUGCCACGCUCCGCCUCACCCUCACCAGCACUCAAUGGCGAGUCCCCGCGACCCUGUGGAACCACACCGCUUCCAUCUACGGCUGCCAGUGGCUGUUCACCACAUUCAUUUUCCGCUCCGUCUUGAUCCAUCCGAGCAGUCGCCUGAUCCAAAUCCUCGUCGUUGUUGAGUUUGCCCUGACGACAUUCCUCUUCGUCAUGGCCAUUAGCACGAGAAAGGGCAACAAAACUGUCUUGCUCGAGUGGGAAGACGGCGUUGAGCCCUCGCGCGAGCCCCUGGCCUCCCUGCUGUCGCUCGCCACCUUCUCCUGGAUCGACCCCAUGAUCUGGCGUGGGUACAAGGAGACCAUCGAGAUGAAGGCCGUCUGGAACCUUGUUCCCCAGGAGAAGGCUGCCGCCGUCCUUGCCGACUACCGAACUCUCAAGAGGACCACCUCGCUGGCCAUGCACCUGCUCAAGUACUUCAAGGGCGAGCUCAUUUUUCAGUGCUUCCUUGCCUUCAUUGGAGGUGUCUUCACAUUUGCUCCGACACUGCUGCUCAAGGCUAUCCUCGAAUAUGUCGAAAGACCCGACGAGGCGCCGGUCAACGUGCUGUGGCUUUACGUGCUUCUCCUGCCCAUUCUCGACCUUGUUCGCUCCUUCGGUGAUGGAAUGGCCCUUUGGAUCGGUCGAAAGAUUUGCAUUCGUAUCCGCGCCAUCAUCGUCGGUGAAAUUUAUGCCAAAGCGCUGCGGCGCAAGGCCGCGGCCGGCGCGGAGAAGGUCCUUGGCGAGAAGAAGGAUCAAGCCGAUGCUGGCAAGGAGGGCACCAUGGACAAGAUUAAGCGAAAGCUGCGCCUCAAGAAGAAGAAGUCGCAAGACUCAGCCUCCGAUGCCGAGGCGUCCGCCGCUGGUGCGCCGAAGGAGGCCAAGACGGACGACGAACAGGCAAACCUUGGAACCAUCAUCAACCUCAUGUCGGUCGACAGCUUCAAGAUUGCUGAGAUUACCGCCUACCUCCACUUCCUCUGCGCCUCCGCUCCGACCCAGCUUGUCAUCUCAGUUGUUCUGCUUUGGCAGGUGAUGGGCCUGAGCGCCAUUCCUGGACUCGUUGUCAUGGCGUUGCUGCUCCCCGUCAACUAUGGCUUUGCUCGCGGAUUCACCAACACUUCCAAGCAAAUCCUCAAGGCUACGGACAAGCGUAUCAACGUGACGAACGAGAUUCUCAACAACAUUCGCAUCAUCAAGUAUUUCGCAUGGGAGCAGCGAUUCGGAAGGAUCGUCGAUGAGAAGCGAGCUGCGGAGCUCCAGGCCCUGCGGUCGCGCUUCGUCAUCUGGUCAUGCGCUGUUGCCGUUUGGAACUCGGUCCCUGUUCUCAUCACGUUCUUCUCCUUCCUUAUCUACACUGCUGUCGAGAAGAAGCCUCUCUACCCCUCAGUCGCCUUCACUGCCAUUUCGCUCUUUAUGCUCCUCCGUGUGCCCCUCGACCAGUUCGGCGACAUGUUCGCCCACGUGCAAGAGACAAAGGUAUCUCUUGACCGUGUCGAGGAGUUCCUGAUGGAAGAGGAGACGGAGAAAUAUGAACAGCUCGGCGUUGACAAUCUGGACGAAAAUGGCAAAGAGACCAUCGGGUUCAGGGAUGCCACCUUCAUUUGGGGUGGCAAGGAUACCAUUGCUCAAGAUGGAUCGAUGGCCUUCCGCCUGCUCGACCUGAACGUGGACUUCAAGAUUGGCCAUCUCAACAUCAUUGCCGGCCCGACAGGAUCUGGCAAAACUUCCAUGCUCAUGGCUCUUCUUGGUGAGAUGACCUUGGUCGACGGCAAGGUAUACUGUCCCGGUGGUCGCAGCCGAGAGGACGUCCGCCCUGAUCCUGAGACUGGACUGGCCGAUACGAUCGCCUAUGUUGCACAGUCCGCUUGGUUGGUCAAUGCCAAUAUCAAAGAGAACAUUCUUUUCUCGGCCGAUCUCGACGAAGAGAGGUACAAAAAUGUCAUUGUUGCCUGUGCUCUGGAACGCGACCUCGAGAUUCUCGACAACGGCGACGAAACCCUUGUCGGAGAGAAGGGCAUCACUCUUUUCCGGCGGCCAGAAAACAGCGCAUCUCACUGGCGCUCUGCGCGCCCUCUGCUACUUCGUCGUCGUCCUGAGAAUGGAAGAGUGGCAGUCCAAGGCCCUGCCGGUGAGCUCAUCGAAGCCGGAAAGCUCGGCGAGGAUGUCCAGCGAUCCCGCCCCGGUACUGCUUGCGCAUCCCGUAUCCCGUCCCGCGUCCCCUCCAGCGUCGGAGAAGACAGCGCCGAGACGGUCGUGAAUCCCGGGGAUGAGAACGGAAAUGGUGCGCCUGCCAAAGACCCUACGAAGAAGAAGGAGCAGAAGGACGCCAUGGACGAGAACAAGGCCGUCGGAGCUGUCAAGUGGCCCAUCAUUAAGCUCUACCUUGGCUCGAUGGGCCCCUGGUGGUUCUGGAUCGUCGCCGGCGUUGUGUUCAGUCUUCAGCAAGUCUCAGGCGUCGCCACGAACGUUUGGGUCCGAGAGUGGGCCAAUCAAUAUGUUGUCGAAGAAGUCGAUCGUAUCGACUUCUCCACCGCGUCCCACAGCUACAGCCAACAGAGCCUGUCGCCGACCUACUUUGCACACAUUGCACACUAUGGCUUUGUCGGCAACGCCACGACCUUCGGCAUUGAGGCAUCUCAUGGUGUCAAUGUGGCAUACUACCUCACCGGUCUCGCGGUCAUUGGCAUUCUCGGCGCCUUGACUGCCUUCAUUCGUGAUAUUUGGAUCUUCUAUGGUUCUCUUACGGCAUCCAAGAAGAUCCACACGUCGCUCAUGGAAGCCGUGUCGAGGGCCAAGUUCAAGUUCUUCGAUGUGACCCCUCUCGGCCAGCUCAUGAACCGUUUCAGCAAGGACCUCGAGGCUGUCGACCAGGAAGUCGCCCCCAUCGCUAUUGGCGUCAUUGGGUGCGCUCUGGGUAUCGUGGUCACUGUCGCGCUCAUUGCUUUCAUCACGCCCGGUUUCCUCAUUGCCGGUGUAUUCAUCACCAUUGCCUACUGGCUCGUUGGCUCGUUCUAUCUCCGGGCCUCUCGCGAUUUGAAGAGACUGGAAGCGGUCCAGCGGAGCCCUCUCUUCCAGCAGUUCAGCGAGACCCUUUCUGGCAUGACUACGAUCCGUGCCUAUGGCGACGAGCGCCGCUUCAUUCGGGAGAACCUUACCAAGAUUAACACUCAGUCGCGACCUUUCAUUUACAUGUGGGCCUGCAACCGUUGGCUGUCGUUCCGCACCGAUCUCCUCGGCGAUCUUGUGUCUUUCUUUGCGGGAGUCUUUGUCAUUCUCAGCCUGGGCAAGAUUGAUCCUGGUGCGGCUGGUAUCUCGCUCAGCUAUGCCAUUGGCUUCACGGAGAACGUUCUGUGGCUCGUCCGACUGUACGCUCUGAACGAACAGAACAUGAACUCUGUCGAGCGAAUCAAGGAGUAUCUCGACGUCGAACAAGAAGCGGAACCCAUCAUCGAGAAGAAUCGACCCGCCGCCAACUGGCCCAGCCAGGGCUCCAUCGAGUUCAUCGGGUACACGACGGCUUACCGCAAGGAACUCGACCCCGUGUUGCGCAACCUCAGCUUCAAGAUCAACCCCAAGGAAAAGGUCGGCAUCGUCGGCCGUACUGGCGCCGGCAAGAGUUCGCUGGCUCUGGCCAUUUUCCGUGCGCUCGAGGCGGACGCGGGUAAGAUUCUUAUUGACGAUGUCGAUAUUGGUCUCAUUGGCCUUCGUGAUCUUCGCGAGGCCAUCACCAUCGUGCCCCAGGACCCGACUCUCUUCCAGGGUACCAUUCGCACCAAUCUUGACCCCUUCGACACGUACGCCGACGAGCAGAUCUUUGAGGCUCUGCGUAAGGUGCAGCUCAUCGGCCCCAGCGAGUCCUUGACCAGGCCGCAGACGCCCGCAGCCUCGUCUCUGAACCCCGGAACACCGACCAUUUCCAUCUCGAGCGACGGCGCCCCUGUUCGUAGCCCCGCCGCAUCAAUUGCACCGACCAACAAGAACAUCUUCCUCGAUCUCUCUUCUCCAGUCAGCGAGUCUGGAUCCAACCUCUCGCAAGGUCAGAGGCAACUGCUCUGCCUGGCACGGGCUAUUCUUAAGAACCCCACGGUGCUGGUCAUGGACGAGGCGACUGCAUCCAUCGACUACGCAACAGACUCCAAGAUUCAAGAGACGAUCCGCGAAUUGACGAGUACUAUUAUCACCAUUGCGCAUCGCCUGCAGACCAUUGUCGACUAUGACAAGGUCCUUGUUCUCGACAAGGGUUCCGUCGUGGAGUACGGACACCCCUACGAGCUGAUCCGCAAGGAGAAGGGCAGCUUCCGCAGCAUGUGUGACAUGAGCGGCGAGUUGGACCUCCUCAUCAAGGCGGCGAAGAAGAAGUGGGACUCGGGCCGUCUCGUAGAUGUCGAUGAGGAGGAGCAGUGA